ACCGGCGCCUCGGGCUAUAUUGGUGGCGACCUUCUUUAUCUCAUUGCCAAGCGGCAUCCUGAAUACAGAGUGACGGCGCUCGUCCGGAAUACCACCCAAAUCGAGACGAUCAGUCGAUUUCCAAACAAAGUACAGGUCGUUCAAGGCACUCUGGAUGAUGAGAACAUUCUUGAAAGAGAGGCCAGUGAUGCGGAUAUCGUUCUCAACUUGGCUUCAUCAAGCCAUGUGAAGAGCGUGCAAGCAAUUCAUCGCGGCCUACUAAGUAAGCUUGACCGGGGUGAAAAGCCCCCGUACUGGAUUCAGAUAUCGGGAGGUGCCGCAGUAGUUUCCACGGAGGUGGCAAACCGGAACUGGGAACCGGGUACUGAGAGCGACUACAUUUGGGAUGAUUUGGAUGGCAUUGCUGCAAUAAAAUCCAUCAUAAGGAGCAACCCCACCCGGGCUGUUGAUAACUACAUGAUGUCCGUUGCGCAGAGUUCCAGCUACAUUAAAACAGCCGUCGUCUACCCGCCUAUCAUCUAUGGGUCAGGGCGGGGACCAGUCAAUCAGAGAAGCGUCCAGAUCCCUGAUCUUGCUGAGGCAAGCCUCAAGCGGCGUCAAGCCUUCACACUUGGUCCUGGUGUAAACCGAUGGGGAAAUAUUCAUAUUCGCGAUCUCAGCGAGAUGAUCCUUCGACUUAUUGAAAAGGCCGUAGAAAGACAUACGGAUAAUGAUGUGUGGGGCCAAGACGGAAUAUAUCUCACUGGAGUCGGAGAACGGAUUGCGGCAGCCGCCUUUUAUCUUGGGCUUCUUCCCGAUGCAUCAGUUGAAGUUAUGAGAGAGGAUCAAUUUAACCAACUUCUCAGCCAUCACGCGGGUUUCCCUGGUACGAUUUUAUACGGAACCAACUCCCGAGGGAGAUCAAACAGAGCCCAGACAUAUUUAGAUUGGAUUCCAACACAUCAUAGUUUAGAAGAAGACAUUGUCGAAACCGUGACCCGAGAGAGUGUACGACUUGGACUGAUUGAAGCAGAAUCCUUGGACUGCAUACUUACCUGGCAGCUGGUAGCAAAUUGUCUAGAU